CAGUUGACAGCUAACUAGCGCAGCGCGCACUUCACAACAGCCAGCUGAUGCCAACCAGCUUGCCACAGGGGUUAUCGUUUUGUUUUUGUUUCCGGAAAUACAUUAACCUACACAGUCACAUUUACAUCCUGUGGGAGAGACAUCAUUGAGAUUAAUUCUUACAAGUAUGGCGGUUGUGUUUAAAAGCUUUGACAGCUCUUCGUCUGUGUAGUUAGCUAGUUAGCUAGCUAGGUAAAGUUGAUAGCACUGAAUAGCAUCAACGCUAGCUAGCUAAAUUACAGCGGAUUCUUGCAAGCUGGCAUCAAAAAACCUCAUCGUCAGCCAUGGGAAUACUAUUUACGAAGCUAUGGAGGCUUUUUAAUCAUCAAGAGCACAAAGUUAUUAUUGUGGGGCUGGACAAUGCUGGCAAGACCACAAUUCUUUACCAGUUUUCAAUGAAUGAGGUGGUACACACCUCACCUACCAUUGGGAGCAACGUGGAGGAGAUUGUGGUCAACAACACCCAUUUCCUGAUGUGGGACAUUGGGGGCCAGGAGUCCCUUAGGUCAUCGUGGAAUACAUACUACACAAACACAGAGUUUGUGAUCGUGGUGGUCGACAGCACAGACAGAGAAAGGAUCUCCGUGACCAAAGAAGAACUCUACAGGAUGCUCGCACAUGAAGAUUUAAGAAAGGCAGGCGUGUUGAUCUUUGCCAACAAGCAGGAUGUGAAAGGUUGCAUGUCUGUGGCGGAGAUCUCUCAGAGCCUGCAGCUUACCUCUGUCAAAGACCACCAGUGGCACAUCCAGGCCUGCUGCGCCCUCACAGGGGAGGGGUGAGAACUACAUCUCACAUCUUUGUGCUUCUGAUACAGUGUUGUGCCAGGGUCUUGAGUGGAUGAUGUCACGGCUGCGUGUGAGAUGAUGACCUUUGACUUUGAUCAAGAGUGCGCCCUUGCUCUUUGUUUUCUCUGCCUCCGGACACGAGCUUGAAAUGAGGAUGGGGGGGGCGGAGGUCGGUUGAUGAAUGGCCCUCUCCUCUUUCCUGCGCUGCCGACGUGGGCACACUGCUGCCGGGAUGUUAUAUUCUUCUGUGAUAAUUUAUUUUACAAAAGACGUCUGAACUCAGAACAGAAACGCGUGACCUUUUCAGAAGGACAACGAAAGAGACUCCAAUUAUUUAAACUGAAAUUUGUGCACGGUUUUCGGUUUCAGCAAAACACAGACGUGGACAAAGUGACUUGGAACUGUACGUGGACUUCUUCCUCCGCUCUGUGUGACUCUAGCCCGUGGUGGCCUUGCAGUAUUGCCAGACCGGCUGUGGCGGUUUUUAUUGCCCCUCCUGUGUGUACAGUCCAGUAUUCUCUUUUAACGUGGUGCCUGCAGCAGAAUGUUCAAGUGAUGAUGGUUGAUGGAGACUGAAACGUGCAGAUGGAGGGUACAAUCACAAUAUACCCUCUUCUUUUCAGUCCCUAUGAAUAAUCAGUGAAAUAAAGUGUUUUUAUCUGUUUCAGGUGAA